AUGCAGAAUUGCACCAAUUCACCGGAAGACCAGGCCGCUUCCGUCUGUCCUCCACCUCCACAAUUCCCUGGAGAUGACACCAGGCCGACAUCUAAGAAGGAGCUCGCUGGAUGGUACAGCUAUGGUUGGGCUGCCGAGGUUUUUACAGUGUGCGCUAUGGGAUCGUUCCUCCCCAUUACCCUAGAGCAAAUGGCUCGCGAACGCGGCGUACUUCUUUCGGAUAAGAAAACACCGUGCAGUGCUACUUGGAGCUCUCUAGAAUCGACCUCACCAUCAGGGACCUGGAACACCAUCUUUGAUGCCACUGCGUUUACGAAACCAGGCUCACCCAGAACAAGCCAGUGCAUUAUUUAUAUUCUCGGCGUUGAAAUAAACACUGCAAGCUUCGCUAUGUACACAUUCUCAUUGAGUGUAUUCAUACAAGCCAUUCUGAUAAUAUCAAUGUCAGGUGCUGCGGAUCACGGAAGCUACCGCAAAAUGCUGUUGGUUAUCUUUGCACUUAUCGGCUCCGUUUCCACGAUGUUGUUUCUUGCCGUCGUUCCAAGGCUCUAUCUUCUCGGUGGGCUGUUCGCAAUUAUAUCUAAUACAUGUUUCGGAGCUUCUUUUGUACUGUUGAAUUCUUUCCUACCCCUGCUGGUUCGCUAUCAUCCUAUAUUGAUGGAACAAAACCGCAAUGCGUACUCUCUGGGUGACGAAACUCAAGUGUUUGCUUCGAAGACUUCUCAGGAAUUGAAGCUCUCCACAAAAUUAUCCUCAAACGGAAUCGGCAUCGGAUACAUAGGUGCAGUUAUACUGCAAGCAAUUUGCAUCCUAGUUGUUGUCGAAACUCACCAGACAACAUUCUCGUUGCGCCUAGUCCUCUUUUUAAUUGGGCUCUGGUGGUUCACCUUCACCAUACCUGCGGCAAUGUGGCUACGUGCCCGGCCCGGCCCGCCCCUUCCAUAUGGGAAAGAGAGUGGGACAUGGACUAGUUAUAUGGCAUACGCUUGGAAGUCCUUGGGCAGGACAGUAAUGCGCACUCGACAUCUGAGAGAUAUCCUUUUAUUCCUGGCAGCUUGGUUCCUCUUAAGUGAUGGUAUCGCGACAGUCAGCGGGACCGCCGUCCUGUUUGCAAAGACACAAUUGGGGAUGCAGCCAGCCGCUUUGGGGCUGAUUAAUGUCAUUGCGAUGAUUGCAGGAGUUUUUGGAGCAUUCUCUUGGAGCUUUGUGUCGCGGACAUUCAAUCUCCGGGCUUCACAAACGAUAGUUGCUUGUAUUAUUCUAUUCGAGCUUGUGCCGCUCUAUGGUCUCUUAGGCUUCAUUCCCGCAAUCAAAAGCCUAGGGUACUUAGGCCUCCAACAACCAUGGGAGAUGUACCCAUUGGGCGUCAUAUAUGGACUUGUUAUGGGUGGACUUUCUUCAUACUGUCGGAGCUUCUUUGGAGAAUUGAUCCCUCCGGGAUAUGAGGCUGCAUUCUAUGCUUUAUAUGCCAUUACUGAUAAAGGCUCCAGUGUUUUCGGUCCCGCCAUUGUUGGAAUCAUCACAGAUCGUUACGGGGAAAUCCGACCCGCCUUCGUCUUUCUUGCUGUCCUGAUUCUGCUCCCUUUACCAUUAAUGCUCUUGGUCGAUGUAGAGCGUGGAAAGAGGGACGCGCUUUCACUUUCGAAAGAACUUAAGGGUAGACCGAGACAGGAGGUACCGGUCUAUGGAGCUGUCACUCAUUGCCCGUCUCAUAGCGAGAACCUAGCGGAGUAG